UUGUGAUGUCGGAAAAUAGAUUAUGUGAUACUGACAAAAAACAAUUGGAGCGUCUUUUGCGUUCAACUGCUGAAAAUUCUAUAACGUAUUAUUUUGUGUGGGAUGAGAUAAAUAGAAUUUCUGCACAAAAAUCAUGGUAAAAAAUUCAAUAUAUAUAAUAAACUAAAUUGUUAUUGAUAUUAUAAAUUAAUGUAAUUAAUUAUAAUUGUAUGAUUAAUAUGUAAAUUUUUUUAGCAAACUGUUUUCUAAUUUGACACGUGAAUAUAACUUUAAACUAAUUUUUUACUACCUGAAACAGUAUCGAUUUAUAUAUAAGCAAAUGAAAUUUAUGAAAAUGCCGAAGAUAAAAUUGCUUUUGGAAAAACAACUUACGAUCGUGGCGCAAUAUUUUCAGCCACAUGUCUCUUAUUCGGCUGUAAAAACGUGGUUAGAUGGAAUAGCGCAAACAGUACUAUCUCGUCUGAAAAAUAAAUAUCCAGCUCAUUCAAUUUGCUCUACGACUUUAGAACAAUUUUCUUUUUGGAGAGAUAACAAUAUUGAUGAUAAUUUCUGGAAUGAAAUAGAAUCUAGACAAAUUAUGUGGAUUCUCGAAAAAUAUAUAUUUUCCGAGUUAAAGAUCUAUAAAUGGCAUCAAUUAUUAAUAACAUCAGAUCUCAAAGCCGACUGUAUAAAAUAUAAUGCAGAGUGUUUUCGAAGACAUCUAUUGACUGUCACGUAUCACAUCGUAGCUAGAAGACUCGGCAUAUGUAGCAUUCUGGGAAUAAAAGAAACCGAUAUUGCAAUCACAUGGAAACCAAAAUAUCAUGACGGUGUAAUCAUUGGGUGGCAUCGUGAAUGUGAUAGAACGUUCCAGACCACAUUGGAACAGACUAAUAUGUGCCCAUAUUUACAAAAAUGCUAUGGACAUGAUCAUAAUCACGUCUGCACAUGUCAACAAUAUUCAGCCAAUGCCCAUCAACUGCACUAUAUCAUUCUCACUGAGAAUAAUAGUUGUAAAAUAUAUAUUUUUUUUUUAGAUCAACUAUCGAUACGUCCACCAAGAAAAAUCGAUAACAUAGAAAUUGGAAGAUAUUUCUCCAGUUUCGAAGGCGCUUAUUACGUACCGAAUGAAAGCUUAAGAAAACAUUAUCCAAAAGAUACCGCUGAAAUAGCCAAAAUACUUGCUCAACAAUAAUUUUUAUUAUCUUAAAAUGUACAACUUGUUGUAUACAGAGUGUCCUAAAAGUCCUGCAACGGUCAAACAUCUUGAAAAUAAAGCAUUUUUGAAAAAAUAUUUUAGAUAAAAGUUAUAGGAUUUUAAUUGGCGCAUUAAGUAGCAAUGUUAGUAUGACUUUAAUAGCAUUGUUAAGAUCACAUAAAAUUAAUUAAAAUUUUUAAAUGGAAAUCCUUAUUUUUCAUUGCAUAUUCUUAUAUCUUAAGGGCUUUUCAAUACUCUAUAAUAAAGUUCUGUUCUAUAAAGUAUUUUCUGAGUUAUGAGACUUGAAAGGUAUAAUACCGCCAGGAUUAGUAUUAGAAAGUAAUUUUGAUGUGAUCUUAACAAUGCUAUUUAAAGUCGCACUAACAUUGCUACUUAAAACUACUGCGCCACUUAAAACUGCAAUUUUUAUUUGAAACAUUUUUCUCAAAAAUGUUUUAUUUUUGAGAUAUUGAGAAUUAUUUUUGAUAACACUUUUCGCAAAAACAUAUUUAACUCUCAUUUAGGAACGAUA